GUUUGUGCUGGGAGUUGGUGGCGCGGUGCAGGGCUCUUAGGAACGAACGGCUUGGGCGCGGGUAAUCAGCUCCCUUUCCUCCUUUUCUCUACCUCUUCUAGGUUCUUGGGAAUACGGCGGAGCUUCCGGACCUGAUGCGGGCGCCCGGUCGUGGACUGUCCCACCCUGUUCCUCUACUGCUCGGGGUGCUCCGCGCCCAGAUUGGUAUCCGGGGACUGUGACUUGCAGGGUCCACCAUGGAACCAGAGCAGAUGCUGGAGGGACAGACGCAGGUUGCAGAAAAUCCCCACUCUGAGUACGGUCUCACAGACAACGUCGAGAGGAUAGUAGAAAAUGAGAAAAUUAAUGCAGAAAAGUCAUCAAAACAGAAAGUGGAUCUCCAGUCUUUGCCAACUCGUGCCUAUCUGGAUCAGACAGUUGUGCCUAUCUUAUUACAAGGACUUGCUGUGCUUGCAAAGGAAAGACCACCAAAUCCCAUUGAAUUUCUAGCAUCCUAUCUUUUAAAAAACAAGGCACAGUUUGAAGAUCGAAACUGACUUAUUGGGAAGAACAGAAAAAUUUGGUUUCCACUGUAGAUUUACAUGAUUAAGAGGCAACUUUAAUUGCCAUGAUUUCCCCCCCCCCCCCCAUUUUGGAAGUAUAAGAAUCAUCAGGACAGCAGAACUUAUUUUGGAGUUGCAGAAGAAGACAUAUCUUCCUUAUUGAUUUAAUCACAUACUUAUUUAAUGAGUGUAUUCUGUGCAAUUUUUUCUCAGAUUGUCUUUAACUUUGUUUUUAAAAUGACCUUCAAAAUAAACU